AUGGUACUCAUGAAAGAAUGCGCUUUUCCGUCGGAUGAGACAUAUUCGGACAAUCACGGGUUGCUACUGUUGAGCAAAAUUCCGUUGAGUAAUACAGUGGUGCGCAGGUAUCAUCCGGGUGUCGUCGAGAUCAUUUCGAGGGGAUACCUAGCAGCAGACAUUGAAGAAUUGGGCACUGUUACUUGUACACAUCUCAGUACUCAAUUUGGUUUACCAUAUUAUGUUGGUCCCCCACAGUUCAAUAACUUUGAAGAGCUUCAAGGAAAUGAAACAAUGCAACUCCUACAGACAUAUCCUGCCACAUCAGAUAAACAUUCGAUUCUAUUAGGAGACUUCAAUCAAGGACCAGCUGUUUUUAGUGUUUUGGCCAAUAGGAAUUUGUCUGGGCAGUACGAAUCAAAUUAUUGGAAAGUUAUCAAUUCAGGAUAUAUAUCACCAUAUGUCGAUGACGUUAGAUUGUGUACGUCCUGCGGAGAAAACGGUCUUAACAAUCGUACUGGAUCAUCUGACUCAACGAUUCUUGAUCAUAUCUAUGUACGAAAUGGAAGUAGAACAAAAGUUUCUAAUGUGCAGCGAAUUUGGGACAGUGAAUCUGCUGUCGGAUCCUGGCCUUUAUCUGAUCACUAUGGCGUUCAACUGACCUACCUUGGUGAUGAAGUAGAUGUUACCACCCAGACAGACCUAACCACUGAAACGAUGAAACCAACUAACGAAACACAAAUAAGCUCUGCAAUGACUUCCGUCGCCUUCUGCUUAUGCAAUAUCUUUUUCAUCUCUUUUCUCGUACUCUUCUAGUGGCAGAAAUGGAUUCAGAAAGCAGUUGUUAUUGCGAUACAUUGAAGCAAGUUGCAAUUGGUAAUGUGGGCGUACGUUUUUGUUGUCUGAUAGUUGCGUUUGUUAAUGCCAUCAGUUUACAUCCAGUUUUAGUAAUGUACACGUGCUUGUUUUGUGCAAUUUUUCAUACGUAUACUGAUGGCUUGAUAAGAAAAAUCUAAGUGAUCUU